GGUCGCGCAAUACUCAUACAUGGUAUAAACCUCGCAUGUGGACCCAUUCAGCUGCACAAAAGCUGAUUGGCCAGCAAAUCUAAAAUAAAAAGGCGGGCCUCUUUUAUGGAUUCCAAAAACCCGAUCGAAAUCGAUUCAGUUUCUUUAAUCGGAAAUUCUCGAAUACAGCUAUGUCAAGCAAGACUAUUCUCAUCACAGGAAGCACCGACGGGCUCGGUAAAGCGACUGUUGUGAAGCUGCUAAAGGAUGGCCAUACAGUGGUUAUGACAGGUCGUGACCCUAAGAAAACUGCAAGUACUGUUUCCUGGCUGGAAUCUCAAGGUGUCAGUACUGAGAAGCUUCAUAAGAUUAGCUUGGACCUUAAUUCCUUGGAGUCCAUUCGUAAUGCCGUCGAAGAGUUCAAUGCCUUGAAUCUUCCUCUCGACGUGCUAAUCAACAACGCUGGUGUCUAUCUUGGCAAAAGACAAUUCUCGCCUGACACCGAGAGGGUCGAAAAAACCAUCUUAAUUAAUUUCGUAGGCACCCUUUAUUUCACUUUGCUACUAGAGCCAAGAUUACAUGAAGGCUCCCGUGUCUGGUUCGUGACAUCCAGUCUUCAUGAUCCUGAAGUCAGAGGAGGAGGCGGCAAGGUAAUGGAACUGGAAUUGGAUAAUCUUGAUGGCUCAAAGGCAUGGGACGGUUCAGCAUUCUAUAGAAUAUCCAAACUGGCCGUGAUGUACGCCACUUACCUUUUGGCAGAGCGACUGAAUUCCAAGAAAGUAUUGGUUGGCGCAUUCUGUCCAGGCUUUGUACCUACUACGGCAUUGAACCGUGAAAGCAGCAUGGCCGUACGAUUCCUUAUGAAGCGACUGUUGGCAGGCGCCAGUUUCACUACAUCGGAAGAUCAGAGUAGCUCAGAUUACGUUUAUUAUGCUACGAGCGAGGAAAUUACAGAAACAGGAAAAUACUUCAGAGACAGGAAGCAAGCCGAUAGCUCCAAAGCCUCUUAUGAUUUAGAGAAAGGAAAGCAAGUAUGGAAUAUAGCUUGCGAUAUUUGCAAACUCGAUGAUAUGAAAUACCCUACUGCUUAAUAUCAGAUUACUUAAUAAACGCUGCUACCAACCAUUACAAGUCUCGACUGUCGCUACUAUCAUCGUGGGCGAGAUACUCGCUCAAUCGAAUUGGUGUAUUCCCGGAGUGAGCUUCUUCAUCGUGGUUGUGUGAUGAGUGUGAAUGGCGUGUAUGAUGGUGAUGGUGAUGACUAUGAUGC